UAAACGAGGCAAAUUGCCCGUGAUCAACGCGGAACAGGUGAGAACGAAAGUGAUUUGAAGGGAGUUGUUUACAAGGAACUGCGUGUAGCUUAUGCACUUUUUCAUCGUAUCGUAGGAUGGAUUACCCUGAUGAUAUGGAGGAUCCUGUCAGUCAGACAUGCAGAGCUGUGUCCAGCCUCGUGUCCCUGAAGGAUGAAGAGUCUGUUACUCAUCAGGGGGUCAGCACAGGGAGUGCAGGCCCACAGACACACAGACCAGUGUCUCCAGUGCCCAGCUGUGUGUCUAUGAAGAGUGACCGGUCCAUGGUACUCCCAGGGAAUUUCAGCAAUGGACCACCACAGUCUGACCCAAAGAACAUACUGGCCCAGGAUCAGUCCAGGUGUGGAGUGUGUGAGCAGCUACUGAGGGACCCGGUCAUCACCAGCUGUGGACACAGUUUCUGCAGGCAGUGCAUCAGCAGCUACUGGAGCCAGUCUGGUCCAUCAGGAGAGUACAGCUGCCAGCAGUGCAGAAAGAGACCCAGAACACAACCCCUUGUAAACCCUCCAAUCAAAAGGGCCAAACUAACAAUUCUGUACAAUCAUGUCCUGAACAGAGUUCUGAUGGUGCAUAAAGCCAGCAUGAAGAGGAGAUUUGAGAGCAUAUCUGAAGGCAUCAUAAGGUCAGGGACUCAAACACUCCUGAACAAGAUCUACACAGAGCUCUACAUUACAGAGGGAGAGAGUGAAGGGGUGAAUAAUGAGCAUGAGGUUUGGCAGGUAGAGUCAGCAUCAAGGGCACAAGGUACAGAGGAAGCAUCAAUCAACUGUAAUGACAUCUUCAAGCCCUUGCCUGGACAGGAGAGACACAUCAGAACAGUCAUGACCAAGGGGAUUGCUGGCAUUGGAAAAACCGUCUCAGUGCAGAAGUUCAUUCUUGACUGGACAGAGGAGAGAGCUAAUCAGGACAUGGAUUUCAUGUUUGUGCUUCCGUUCCGUGAGCUGAAUUUGGUCAAACAUGAUGAGUACAGUCUUCACAGGCUCCUGCUUGACUUCCACCCUGAGCUUAGGGAGCUACAGAAUGGUGAAUAUAAAGACUGCCACAUUGUGUUCAUCUUUGAUGGUCUGGAUGAGAGUCGACUUCCAAUGAAUUUCCAAGAGAACCAGAAGUUGUCUGAUGUGACGCAAACAUCAUCAGUGGAUGUGCUGAUGACGAGCCUCAUUCAGGGAACUCUGCUUCCUUCUGCUCUCAUCUGGAUAACCUCCCGACCAGCAGCAGCCAGUCAGAUCCCUUCUCAGUGCAUCUGUCAGGUGACAGAAGUACGUGGAUUCAAUGAUCCACAGAAGGAAGAGUACUUCAGGAAAAGGAUCAGUGACCAAAAUCAAGCCAACAGAAUCAUCUCACACAUUAAGGAAUCCAGGAGUCUCCACAUCAUGUGCCACAUGCCAGUCUUCUGUUGGAUCUCAGCCACCGUCCUUCAGCAGAUACUGGAACAGGAUGAUGGGAAGGAAGCCCCCAAAACUCUGACUGAGAUGUUCAUACACUUCCUGCUCAUCCAGACCACCAGGAAGAACCAGAAGUAUCAAGAGGAAAGUGAGACAGAUAGACAGAGGCUUCUGGAAUCACACAAGGGUGUCAUAUUGAAAUUGGCGGAGCUGGCUUUCAAGCAUCUGGAGAUCGGCAAUCUCAUGUUCUAUGAGGAAGACCUGAGAGAGUGUGGCAUUGAUGUCAGUGAUGCUUCAGUGUAUUCUGGAAUGUGCACGGAAAUCUUCAGGGAGGAAUGUGUGUUUGACCACAAGAAGGUCUACUGCUUUGUGCAUCUGAGCAUCCAGGAGUUUCUUGCUGCACUGCAUGUUUAUGAUGACUAUGACAAUGACAGCUAUUAUGAUGAUGAUUAUAAUGAUGAUGAUUUGUAUCAUCUGUUGAAAGGAGAAGUGGAUAAGGCUUUGGACAGCAAGAAUGGACACCUGGACCUUUAUCUCCGCUUCCUUGUAGGCAUCUCAGUAGAACAGAAUCAAGCUCUUUUACGAGGCUUGUUUUCAAAUAUCCACAGCUCAGAGAGCAUCAAGAGCACAUGUAAAUACAUCAAGGAACUCAAGAGGCAGGGCCCAUCUCCUGAAAGAUACCUCAAUCUCUUACACUGCUUAUUUGAAAUGAACGAUCACACUCUACAUGAAGAAGUCCAAGUAUAUCUGGCAUCUCCAGAUGGCUUCCCAGGUGAAUUGUCACCUGCCCACUGUUCAGCAUUGGCCCACAUGCUUCUGAUGUCAGAGGAGGUGCUGAACGAGUUUGACUUGAGCAAAUACAGAAUAUCAGAGGAGGGACAACACAGACUGAUGCCAGCUGUGAGAUGCUUCAGAAAGGCUCUACUUGCUGACUGUAAGCUAACAGAGAGGUCCUGUGAGGUUGUGGCCUCAGCUCUGCAGUCUGCAAACUCAUCCUUAAGAGAGCUGGACCUGAGUCAGGAUGACCUGCAACAGUUGGUAGGAAAGCUGCUCUCUACUGUACAUUGUCCAAACUGCAAACUGGAAACCAUGAGACUAGUUGGCUCUAAACUGAGUGGAAGAUUUUUGGCCUUGAUUCUUCAGUGGGCAAACUCCCACCUAAGACAGCUGGACGUAACAGACAGUGAGCUUCAAGACUGUGGGGAAGAACUGCUCCCUCAACCACUGAAUCCAGACUGUAAAGUCAGACUCAUCAGCUGUAGACUCAAACACAUCUCAUCUAAGGUUGUGGUCUCAGUUCUGCAGUCAUAUAUUUCUCAGCUGAGUGAGCUGGACAUGAGUGGCUGUGAUCUGCAAACAUCAGAAGAGAAGCUGCUCUCUGGUCUUAGAAGCCCAAUCUGCCGACUGGAGAAACUGAGACUUGCUGACUGUAAGCUAACAGAGAAGUCCUGUGUGAUUGUGGCCUCAGCUCUGCAGUCUGCAAACGCCCCCUUAAGAGAGCUGGACCUGAGUCAGAAUGACCUGCAGGAGUCAGGAGAAAAGCUGCUCUCUGCUCUACAGAGUCCAAACUGCAAACUGGAGAAAUUGAGACUUGUUGGCUGUAAACUGAGAGGAAGAUUUCUGGCCUUGACUCUUCAGUGGGCAAACUCCCACCUAAGAGAGCUGGACAUCAGUGAUGGUGAGCUUCAGGACUGUGGAGGAGAACUGCUCCAUCAACCACUGAAUCAGGACUGUAAAGUGAGACUCAUCAGCUGUAGACUCAAACACAGCUCCUCUAAGGUUGUGGUCUCAGUUCUCCAGUCAUAUAUUUCUCAACUGAGUGAGUUGGACAUGAGUGGCUGUGAUCUGCAAACAUCAGAAGAGAAGCUGCUCUCUGGUCUUAGAAACCCAAACUGCCGACUGGAGAAGCUGAGACUUGUUGGCUGUGGACUGACUACAAAGUCUGGAGGUAUUGUGGCCUUUGCUCUGCAGUCAGUAAACUCCCACCUGAGAGAGCUGGACCUGAGUAAGAAUACUCUGGGGGAUUGUGGAGGAAAGCUGGGCUCUGAAGCAUUGAAUCCACAUUGUAAAAUGGAGACUCUCAGACUUGUUGGCUGUAAACUGAGGGGAAGAUUUCUGGCCUUGGCCCACCACGGGGCAAACCCCCACCUAAGAGAGCUGGACAUGAGUGACAGUGAGCUUAAGGACCAUGGAGGAGAACUGCUCCAUCAGCCACUGAAUCAAGACUGUAAAGUGAGACUUACCAGGUGUAGACUGAAAUACAACUCCCCUGAGGUUGUGGUCUCUGUUCUGCAGUCAUAUAUUUCUCACCUGAGUGAGUUGGACAUGAGUGGCUGUGAUCUGCAAACAUCAGAAGAGAAGCUGCUCUCUGGUCUUAGAAACCCAAACUGCCACCUGGAGAAACUGAGACUUGUUGGCUGUAAACUGAGAGGAAGAUUUCUGGCUGUGACUCUUCAGUGGGCAAACUCUCACCUACGAGAGUUGGACAUCAGUGACAGUGAGCUUCAGGACUGUGAAGGAGAACUGCUCCAUCAACCACUGAAUCAAGACUGUAAAGUGAGACUCAUCAGCUGUAGACUCAAACAUAGCUCAUGUGAGGUUGUGGUCUCAGUUCUGCAGUCAUAUAUUUCUCAGCUAAGUGAGUUGGACAUGAGUGGCUGUGAUAUGCAAACAUCACAAGAGAAGCUGCUCUCUGGUCUUAGAAACCCAAACUGCCACCUGGAGGAACUGAGACUUGCUGGUUGUAAACUUCCAGAGGAAUCCUAUGAAGCUUUAGCCUCUGCUGUGCAGCACAUGGUCUCCCUGACAGAACUGGACCUGAGUGACAAUCACUUAAACAUCGCUGCAGUUCAGCUUCUUAGUGCACUGAAAGGUGACGUCAGCUGGAAGCUGCAGACAUUGAGACAUGCCCGUGGAGAACUGAGAAAAUAUGCCUGUGAGCUCACACUGGACCCAAACACAGCACACGUACGUCUCUCUCUCUCUGAGGGGAACAGAAAGGUGACAUGUGUGAGUGAGAGGCAGCCGUAUCCUGACCACCCAGAGAGAUUUGGCAUCUGCCGUCAGGUGCUGUGUAGAGAGGGUCUGACUGGACGCUGCUACUGGGAGGCUGAGUGGAGUGGUGAUACGACUAAUAUAGCAGUGGCCUAUAAGAGCACCCCGAGGAAAGGAGAGAGUGAUGACUGUGCGUUUGGACGUAAUGCCAAGUCCUGGAAACUGUACUGCUCUGGUGACGGGUACUCUGCCAAGCACAAUAAUAAGAUUGACAUACCUGCCCCCUCCUCCCACUCCAGCAGAGUAGGAGUGUACCUGGACUGGCCAGCAGGCACUCUGUCCUUCUACAGCGUCUCCUCUAACACACUCACCCACCUGCACACGUUCCACUCCACAUUCACUGAGCCCCUCUAUCCUGGGUUUGCGCUUUGGCCUGACUCCUCAGUGUCCCUGUGCCACAUCACAUGACCUCCUAAUCCUGCAGGAGAGGAAAGCCACACACUCCUGUCCAUACACUCCUGUGUGUGUGUUCCUUCUACUCGUGUGUGUGUGUGUGUGUGUGUGUGUGUGUGUGUGUGUGUGUGUGUGUGUGUCCUCUCUGUAGCAUCCUCCCUUCUCCUGUUUCUAUUUUUGUUUCAUCCCUCAUUUUCUUCCUCUCCCUGACACACACAUUUCUGUCUUUUGUCCUUUUUUCUUUAAUGUUUGACCAUUUUUUGUCUUUUUUUCUGACAUUCUAAUGCUCCAUUUUUUGUCCUUUUUUUAUUUGAUUUUCAUUUUUGACAAGUAAGUUAGACAAAAAUCCAACCAGACCAAACAUGUCAUAUAUCAUUUUAUUCCACUGCUCGGUUGAGUUCCCCAUUGUCCUGCGUUCUAUAAGGGUGUGCAUUAACUUUAGAUAUACGCACGGCUAUGAAGUAGUUCCAUUGUUUUUGACCUUAUCGCACUUGAAUAUUAAUUCGCCAAACUCGUUGUGGAGUUUAAAUGCACUGUCACGUUACAUAGAAGCUGUAAAAUACAGACGUUCAGAUCAUAGUAACGUUUAGCAUAUGACAGAGGUGUCAUUUAGCUAGUUAGGUGGCAGUAGGCUAAGAAAAAUAGCAAUCUUUCAAAGUUAACGUUCAUCAGAAUCCUGGGAUGUGCCAGCUUGACAACGGAAGAUUAGAACUAACGACUGGCUUUUGGCCAUAGCAACCAUCCAUUUAGAACUAGUAACCGCAGUUUGAGAAAUUAGUUGAAAUGUAUCUGGGAAAAGUAGUUCUACAAACAAUACCGUUGUAGCGAUUAAAACAAUUAAAUUAGCACCGGAAACGAACACAACGCAAGUGGCAACAGUGGAAUAAGCGGGAUAAUGGACUUCACGC